AUGGCGGCUGUCAUUCAGAAUCCACUAAAAGCGUUGGGUGACCAGUUCUACAAGGACGCCAUUGAGCAGUGCCGCAGUUACAAUGCUCGCCUGUGUGCUGAACGCAGCGUCCGCCUGCCAUUCCUGGACUCACAAACCGGCGUGGCCCAGAACAACUGCUACAUCUGGAUGGAACGACAUCACCGCAGCCCCGGGGUCGCAGCCGGGCAGAUGUACACGUACCCCGCCCGCUGCUGGAGGAAGAAGAGACGGCUGCACAACACCACGGAUCCGCGCCUGGGCAUCUACGGUCUCAAGCUCGACGGCGGCCUCGUGUCCAAGGACGCCUUGCCCACCCAGAGCACCACGCUGGAGGCUCUGCUACGAGGAGAGGGUCUAGAAAAGAGGAACAACUCUAAGAACGACGAGGAGAGCCUGCUAGAGAUCCAGAGGGUUCUGGAGGCAGACGCAGCAGAAGAUGCUUUCAAUGAUGAUGACGACUAUGAGGUGGACACUCCCAAGAGGAGACAUCGGGGCAAAGGAAGAGGUCGGGGUUCAGGCCGCAAGAAGGCAGAUAUGGAUGACGACAAGCCAUAUGUCUGUGACAACAGAUACAAACAAAAGCAGAACUCGAAAUCUUCGGCUUCAGUCAGUGCGAAGCGCUACAGGAACCGUACAGGACUAAGCUACCACUACACCCAUUCCCACCUUGCAGAGGAGGGCAGAGCCGGAGAACGAAGCUCAGUGGCGUCUAAAUCCCCCUCUGCACAACAGACUGACAGACACAAGCGUCCAAAGGGUUCAGGUGGGACCAGUAUUCCCAACAACUACUGUAAUAAAUGCCAGGGCUCAAUCAAGAAAAUGGGUAAAUCUGCGUCUCCCUACUCAACUUGCCAAUGCAAAACUGACUGUGUAGAAGAGAAGGAAGAUGGAACUUUUACUGGAGCAGAGGAGCUGUUCGGCACCACCUCGGAGAGCGACACCUCUACCUUUCACGGCUUUGAGGAUGAUGAGCUGGAAGAGCCCGCCACGAACAGCAACGGAAUAUCCAACAGACACAGAUAGAGUGAACCGUUCAGAUCUAAAGAGACAUUUUUUUUAUAUGGAUUAACCUCUGGCAAAAAUCUGCUGCUUCUUUUUCAAUGUUUUUUGUUUGCAGAAAGCACAAAGUGAUAAUUUCAGGACAGAAAUGCAAGUGGUAUUUUAUCUACUGAACAUUGUUGAAUAAUUUAUGAACACCUUUUUUUAUAUAUAAAUAUAUAUAUAUAUUAACUUUCAAGGCUAUGAACGACUGUCAGUGUUUCUUGACAAGUGACUUGGUCUCUUUGCAAAACAGAAGAUGGAAUGGGAUUUUUGUUCCCGUCACUGGAGCGGAAGGAGCAUUCACGUUAUGAACAAAAAACACUGGAGAAAUUUGAACAAUUUAAAAUAAGGCAUAAAUGAUACAUUUGGGAGAUGAUUGAAUGUCAUUGCAGACCCAUACUUGAGCUACUUGGUGUUUUUGAAUCAGUAGUGGCGGUGACUAUGAAGGUCUCUGCUUCUGCUCUAACUCUGGAUUAAACUUGUGUGAAAAUGAAGGAACCAAUGAAAGGACUGCCACAGGCCUCUGGACAUGCUUGGAGAUGAAGAAAUCUUUAAAUAUAGUUUUUACAGAUAUGGAGGACUAAAUUAAUGAAAGGAGCACCCAGCACAUUGGUAUGUGGCCCAAAGGUGGGGAUGACCAGUGAAGAAGAGGAUAAAACUCUGGAAAAACUAAUGAGCCUUCAUGUCCCUUCUGAUUUGGGCUGAAAAUAACUGACUGAAACAGAUGAACAGACAUCCACCACUUCUACAGGCCAUGUGGCUUAAUUGAAGCAACUGGUCCCUUGAUAUGUAUUGAUCCCUUCUGAACAUUUGAAAUGUGAGUAGAUCCAGCUUCAUUUCAUCACUUUCUGCACUGUGCUGGAGCUCCACUGAGCUAUGGGAACACUAAAGGCCAGACCUUCGGACUGUUUGUGCCCAACUGGUACAUUUGGGGCCCCGCGGCCAACCCUGCCCACUCCUGCUCUGUGACUGUGUGUCUGCCGUGUGAUCCGAUGUGACACUAAGACGUCAUUAUCCCCAUCACUGUGCCAGCCUGCCGCUCUGCACUGGAAACCAGCUCUGACAGCCAUGACCCUCCAACCUGAUUGGACCAGUGAUCCCCUGACCCCAAGCCAUAAACAUGGUGCUCAAAUCCACCACUAUUACAUGCAGACCUCUGGACUACUGUAUUAAUACCCUGACAUGGACACAAAGGUUUUUAUCUUUCUGCCUCUGUCCCUCUGUCUGUUUUUGCUCUCUAUUUCCCAGGCCUACUUGAUCUCAUUCAGACUCGAAUGCGUCGCAGUAAUUUAGCUCUUUUUUUUUUUUUUUUUUGCCUCUUUUCUCUGUUGUAUAAUAUUUCUAUGUUUUGAUCUCUUAAAAGUUUUAUUAGUAUGACUUCUUGGGUUUGUUCAGACUGUAUUGAUACCUCUGUCCUGAUCAGGUGCACAAUAGCCACAACUACUCAGGCAUCCUUCAUUUCCUCUGCUGUUGAUUGUUCAGCAACUUAGUCCUGAUUCAUGUGAUUGUAUUCAGUUGGCAAGGAGGGACAAUAACGCCACACCAGGAUCCCAUUUUAAUCAACUCCUACGAGGGAUUUUGGAUGCUGCAGUCUCAUGCUAUAGGAAAACACUGCAAUAACAAGCUUCAACUUUGUCCGGUCUCUGCUGAUUUUACCUGGUGUCACACUCGCCAUGUAAUGUUCCGUUUGAAAUCUACUGUCUCAGCAGACUGAGUGACGGCAGUGAGAAUCAUCUCAGAGUCAUUUCAAAACAAUAUUGUUGCUAGAGAGACAUAACUCUGCACAGAUCCACAUACUUAGUGAGAAGAAAACAGUAAAUCAACGUUAUGUGACAUUUCCGUUGAGUGCUUUAGAGGGCCUAAUUGCUUUAUGACAUUUAGAAGGUGCUUGCAGUACUAUAUCAAAAAGCCUUUUAGGUCCAUAGGUUGCACACACUGUGUAAGAGGUCUGUGUCUUUCCAAGUGGUCAUUCAGUAUCGCUACAAUGUAAUAAUAGCCACUCCGUUUUUGAAGUUUACCAUUAAUCCUAUGUGUCUGGUGUGACUUGCGAAAAUGUUUGCGCAUUCAAACCAUCUUUCUUCACUUCCCUCAGGGACCCUUCACACAACAGUUUAUCUCCUCUGGACAAAGAAUGGAUCUGAGACUUCUCAAUUAUCUUGUCUUCUCUUGUAUGUGGUGUUUUUCACAAUGAAAUGGGUCAUUGUGUCUUUUAUCUUCCAAAGUCAUGCCAGUAAGUGAAAGCAUGUGCUCAUCAAUCAUAACCUGCUUAAUGUUACCUGCCGUAUAUGAACAGGCCUAUAGUGUGGUGCAGUUCUGAACAAUAGGAGAAGCUCCUAAAUGCAAAAGUCAGUGAUGUCUGCUUCGAACUAUGUGUUACCAAUCAUUGAAUAGCCUGUAUACCUCGUCAAAGACACAGCAAUAGGCCCCGAUACUCUUGUCAAAGCCUGCGGGGGGUGGAGAGGGAGGAUCGGGUUGGAACGGAGCCAAGAGGAGAUGAAAUGGACAUGACUGGGCGUUUGUUUCAUCUUCAGCUGUAAAUACGAGUUGAAAUGGAGAGAAUGAAGAAGUCUUUGUUUGUUAAACUAUUUUUAUUGUUCUGAAAA